AGCUGACGGGAGUUUAUUUUGGAAUCGGUGCUGCUCAUGCAUGCGGCGGGGAAAUCUAGAUCCUAACCCGGGGAGAGCUUUUGCCCGCUCUUCCGAAAGGAAAACCCUCUCCUCGCAUCUCGCGGCUCUCUCUCCGAGGCGGAGCAAUAGCGCAACUUGCAGCCAACCACCCGGCGCACCGAGAAGCAGCAGCAGCAGCAGCAGCAGCAGCAGGAGCCUCGGAAGGCGCUUCAAGCGAAGAUGGCGGCGGCGCCCCGCCGAGUGGCGAAGGUAGGCGCGGGGGGCGGCGCGGCAGAUCCCCGACCUUCUCGGUCCCGCGCAGCUGCUCUUUCGCGGCCUCUGGAGAUCCGCUGCUUAGGAAGGGCUGAGAGGCGGGCCAGGCGGGCUGGUGAAGGUGGGAUCUUCGAGGGGAGGGAGGGACACUUGCCCUAGUCUUGCCGCCGCUUUAUUGUAAGGGGGCGCUUCGAUCCAGCCACGGUUCCCGUCUUAGGAUCGGGUCGCCUCUUUUCUGCCGGGGAAGGUUUCAUGGACCCUCCACAGCUGGCCAGAUGACGGGCGAAGCGUUUCUCGUCGCGGCACCGCUAGGCUGAGCCAAGGCCUGCCUCUCGAAUGCCUGUCUGCCGCGCAGUUGCCCAGAGCACGGAAGCCCUCACCGGGGUGGGCAAGGUGGGGAUAUGCAGACUUGAACAUAUAGAAAUGCAUGGGUGCUUUUGGGAGGGGGGUGCAACUUGCCCAUCUCUCACUUUUACAACAAUCAAAAUCCAAGUUUAGAGAGACUUCUAAAAAAUAAAUAAAUGGUGAGGUGGGCAACAGACAGCAAACCCUUAAGUACAACUUUCUUGGAUAACAUUCCCUAUUAAGGGGCAGUUCUGAAUUCACUGUGGAACAGAUAAGCAUAUGUCAAAAACUACUUACAAUUUGGUACCUUUAGUGAAGGUGCUGGGAAUUGUGUAUCUGAAGACUAAACUGUUGUUCCCAGGAUGAUGGUGAUUAGUAUUACUAUUACUAUUAUUCAGUGGCGUAGCGUGGGGGGUGCAGGGGGGGCUGGCCGCACCGGCCGCAACAUCUGGGGGUUAGGGUUAGGGGGCGCAAAUCCACGGGUUAGGGGGAGCAAAUUACUUGCCUUGCCCCGGGGGCUGACAACCCAUGCUACGCCACUGCUAUUAUUAUUAUUAUUUUAGCAGGGGGAAUGUUGACUACAAUUUUCAAACAGACUGAAGCUGAAAUACUGGUUUGAAGGGGAAAUGUCUGAAGGAGGGAGGCUGUGUAGCUGCCAAUUCAGUUGCAAUGAAAAAUAGCUUUCAGUUUCUGUUACUGUUAAGCUUGGAAAGAGCAAGGAAAUUGCGCAAGAAUAUAAUGCUGUUGGCAGCAUGUUAGUUGUCCUGUGGAUGAGAAAAGCCAUAAAGUUUGAGAAAGGAGAUAUGCCUGCUGUUAUGAUCUCAACUUCCUGAGGAAGUUUCUGUCAAUGAAUUGAAACUUAGAGGCAAGGAAGAGAGGGCAGGCCAGCUGGGACCAAAUUAGGAAAGAUCUUUCUCACUUUUAGAAAUGUACUGAUACCCAAGAUUAAUAUUUUGCUAUCUUUUUUGAAGGCAGCUUGUGACUUGUUUGAGUGAGGGGAAGAGAGACAAAAAUAAAGGUGGUGGAUAUAACUGAUUUACAGGAGGUAAAUGACACAAACACAGAUCCUGUGUCAAGCAUUUGGGAAACUUGACAUGUGGAAAUGGAGAGUGAGGGUCUCACUUGUUCUUGCUGCCAAGUCCUCCAUGGUAUGGCAAGGCUAUAUUAGUAGAAGGUGUUCAGUAUGCAGACACUGGCAGCAUUGAGAUGUCACAAACCAUGGUUUGCCCAGGAAGGAGAGAUGAAAGAAAUUGGUGGCAGAGGAUCGGAGAGGGGAAAAAUACUUUGAGACACAUGAGGAUGGGAUAUGAAAAAUAUAAAAGAAAAAGUUGUCUCCACUUAGUGCCUCUGGAUCAGCAAAUUCUUCCUAGAAGUGGGAGGCUGUCAGAAUACCUUAUGAGUAAAUGUCUGUACUUAGCUUGAGGAAAGCCGAGCUCUGGUGCUCCUUGCUAUAAGUGAAAAGACGAGGAAGGAAUGGAGUAAUUUACAAAGAUGGAUUUGUAGAAAAUGAUGUCAGUAAAUGCCAGUGGAUUAUGCUAAACUCUGCCUCCCUUUUGUGGCUGGUGGGCCUCAGUAAUUUUCAGGCAAGUGGUCCUUGCUGGAGGUGAAAAGUUUGAGAUCCCCUGGUCCAACAGGAUGGCCAUGCUUUGCUGGGCAAUUGUCACUGCUAGGCCUGGAACCAUCUUUUUUGCUUUUUCAGGAGCUGGAUGGAAUUAAGAGGUCCGGGUUCCGCUGCCUUCGGGAUGUUGAAGUAGAUGUGAACAAUGUCCUGCUGUGGAAGGGACUUCUAGUGCCGGUGAGUUUAGGGAAGGCAAGGAAAUGGCUGGGCCUGAAUAGCCUCAAAGGCAACACCAAUGGCUCAUAGAGAGAUGAACUUGGCCUUUGGGGUAGGGUGAAGUGACUGCCUCAGGCAAGGUAUUUGGGCAUCGUUAAAAGGCAGCACCAUAUCAUUUUAUUUUACAGAGGAGGGUCCAGAUUUUCCAUUCGCCUUGAGGUGGCAGAAAGGGUCUGCUUGAAUCUGGGCUUUUAUUUUUUUAGAUCCCCACAGCCCACAUACAGGGAAGCACCAUUUGCACUGUGAGGUGACUACUGCCUUUUCCUGUCCUCGUGCUCAGGAUGACCCCCCGUACAACAAAGGCGCCUUCCGGAUUGAGAUCAGCUUUCCAAGUGAGUACCCCCUCAAGCCUCCCAAGGUCACUUUCAAGACUCCGAUCUACCACCCCAACGUGGAUGAGAAGGGCCAGGUGUGCUUGCCGAUUGUCAGCAACGAGAAAUGGAGACCUUUCACCACGGCAGACCAAGGUAGGGCCAAGAAAGCUGUGUGUGUCAGUGCACAGGGAGAGCCAACUGGCUGUUGGAUGGCCAUGGCUCAUCUGUCCAUUCUGCUGCGCUCUCUCUCCUUGAAGUUAUUACAUACGUUAUGCUCUUUUCUGACCCUCCUACCUUUUUCUGACCCACAGUGAUUGCAGAACUGAUAGUGCUGGUGAAUAAACCUGACCCAGACAACCCAUUGCGCGCUGACUUGGCCGAGGAGUUUAUCCAGGACCACAAGCGCUUUUUGUCCAAAGCUGAAGAGCAGACCAGCAAAUUCAGUGAGAAGCGGCCAUGCGAGUGACCUGCUGCCCUCCUGAACCACUGCCUGCCUCACUGGCUGGCUGGGGAACCUUCCACAUAGGCACAGUCCCAGUGGGAUGAAAUGCAAGUGGGACCACAGAAGCUGUCCCCACCAUUGCAUUCUCAAUAAAGGAAUGUACACGGUGGGAUCCUGCAUUGCUCUGGCUCAUGACAUUAAUUCUGCAUCUGAGGGGGAGGAGACUUCAGCCCUGGGGAGGAGAGACUUUGCUUUGGACUCUGCUCUUGGAAGUGAAAUGUUGCUCUUAGAAGUGAAAUGUUGUGCUUUCGCCUUGCAUUCGCUGGGGUUUGGAUGACCUUUCUUGCUUUCUUACAGUUUUGCUUUUCACUUUAACACCGCCCCCUGCUCUAAACAUUCCUGGGAAGAGGCACAAAUGACUUUCUUUAGUUUGUCCAAGGCAGCUUUCUCAUUGGGCAUUUACCAUAGUACACUUUGUCAUCCAUUUUUUUACAGGACAUGUACAUGCCAUUUGUAAUCAAAACGUCCUCCUCCCAUGUUUUCCCUGUUCAUCUUCCUUCCCUGCCUCCUUCUCCAAGCUAAAAUAAAUAAAUAAAUAAACCUUUUUUAAAAACAACAACGAUGGAGCAGCUCUACAAUUUCCUCAGACGACCUGUUACGCAGGUGUUCUGCUCUAUUGCAGGCUGGUGAAGGGCUGUACAGUCUGUGCUGUAACCACUUCCUUCUUGAUGGUUUGGAUCUCAGAAAUCAACUUGGCAUUUUAAUUCUUCCCUUUCCAAAUAGAACUGCCUUGCGCGUAUUUCUUGUCUCUCUCUGACCCCAAAUUGGAGGGAGGGGAGAAAACAUCGUAAUCAUGAGUUCAGUGAUGAAAGGGAAUGAAAAUCUCCCCCUACCUGCAACAUUUGGGGUUGAGGAAAGGGGGUGGGGACUGCCUGUUUCCAGAUUUCCAACACUCUCUGAACAGCUGCUCCACUUCCACCUUAAAACACAGCAGUGAGGACUGAGUGCUGCUAAUUGUCCAUAUCUGGAACUGGAAGCAGAGAUGGCCAGUGGCCACUGGGACUCUUGGGACAGAAGGCAGAGGGAGCAGUAAGUGGAGCCAGAGCCUUUGAUAGGCGAAGGCAGCUCAUUUUAGUUUUGACUACAUCCUUCUUCCUGCUGAGUCCUACAAGGGCAACAUUGAGUCUGAGAAGGGGGAAGCUGGCUGCUAGGAGCACUCCCUGGACUGGUUGUAAGAAGGUAGGCAGGUGGGAGGCUGGUUGAGGGCAGACUGAAGUUGGUGGGGCAAUGCCCCAUUCUCCCUAAUGGGCAACGCUCCACUGCCUAGAAGCACCCUAACAUAGCUUGGAGGUUUUGAAAUACAGUAGGUAAGUAAUGAUGUGAUAAGUGAGCUGGAAGGCUCUUCCGAGUAGAGCAGGGCAUACAUGUGGAGCUGGCAAACAAUUGGCCUAUGUUGCCAAAAAUCUGAAGUUAUAUUUUAUUUUAUUUUUAAAUCAAUUAUACUGUUCUGUUCUAAGCAGAACAUAUUUAGAGGCAAGUUCUUGCUUCAGUGGAAUCUUACACCCUAGGAAAUGGGAAUGCCUUGCACAGAUAUAUAUGAGUAAAUGCAUUUUCUAAUAAAAAAUGUUCUUCCUCCUUCUGUUGUGGCAGCUGGUCUUUCUCAUUCUCACUCUGCUGGACCUCUUGCUGUUGGGGUUAUCUGGCCAUAUUCCUCCUUGGCCACAGUCUCUCAUGGCAGCUUGUUUGCUAAACUUCUUCCUAGUGUGUUAUCCUAACAGCCUGAUCUUAGCCAUGCCUACUCCAAGUUGCACAGGGACUUUUGUGCUUGGGACUGAAGCAUCUGUCUGGGAGUAACUGAAUACUGUGGGGCUUCCUUCCUAGUAAGCAGGCAUCGGAUGAGGUUGUGUUUUCCCUGUACGCUGCGCAGCUCUAGUGUGCCUUGUGCUUAAUAUCUUCAAGGAGAGCUGUUCAUACUAUCUCCUUGGUAACCUCACCAUUGAUGGAUGGGACUUGAACUGUAGUUUGCUUUGGGGUGGGCGGGAAUCACAGACACUGCCUAGUUGCCUUGGACUUCAAACAGUUGUGCUUUAAUGAUGCUCAGUAAGGAGAAGUGAGUGAGGUUAAAGAGAAGCACAGCACAGGUUGGAAGAGGACUUGCCAGCAUUUGCAGCCAAGAGAAUAGUACGUGAAAUGGGCAGUGGUAAUUUUCUGGAGAGACUUCCUUGUUCCACACCAUGCCCGUUUAUGACAGAGGCUUUUGGUUCCUUGGAGGCCAGAUUGCUGGAGGUGACUAGAAGCACCUACAGGACAGAGUUAACGAUCCCUUUCCCCACACAUCUCAAAAGCACACAGGCAGAAAGUUUGUGUAUAGCAGACUUAAAUGCUAGAGCAAAAGCCACUUUGGUUUGAUCCAGUGCAGUGCACAAGAAAUGGCAGAAUAGAGACCAGGGGACAUCCCAUGUCGCCUUCUCUCUGAAAAGCAAAAGAAGAAAAUCCUGAAUCUGAGCCCACUUUAGCCUAAGGGAAGCUGUAAUUUCCAGUGCAGAGGAGGAGAAUCCAAAAGGGUUGGGGGGGCAUCUUACCUGCAAAUAAGAUACAGAUGGACCACACCCAUAAUCUGCACCAAAAACCCCACUGGUUUGUUUGCCCUGGUUGGGUUGGAGGAGGAGACCAGUAGUAGGAUUAUGGUUAGCAAUGUCCCUUGCUUCCACAUGUUGCCUGCCACUAUCCUGUCACCAGUGCUGCCUGCAAUUGCCACUUCACACUCCUAUGCUGGGCACCCACUUUCAGCUCAUAACCUCCCACUUUAGCCCCUCUUCCCACUAGCCACUGCCAAACCUCCAAAAGCUUCUUGCAUGCCAAAACACCUGCCACCAGCCCUCUCAGCCAAAACAGCUAUCCAUCAUCACCCAGUCCUGCCACCUUUAAUGCCCCUGUCAUCCAAAUAUCCCUUUCUACUGACUAAAUACCACCAACCAACAUGACACCCUUGGCUGCAGAUGUCAUAUGCUUUGAUACCUUUCCUGCUAAUGGGGUGUGGGGCUAAUUUGAGACAUGCAAUUGGUGGGUGAUCCCUUUGGCUCUACGAUACACAUCAUUUCCAAACUCUAGAGGUGGUUCAGCAAAUUGUGUAGCAUGAGGUAGGGAGGCCAAAGACCUCACUGGGGAAGUCACAGGACUCGAUAAGAUAAUUCUGUUUGGCAGCCCUGAUUUAAACCAUGGCUCUGUCUUUGACAUCCUUCUUGAGCUUUUUAUAACUUACCGCUCUGUAAGGCAUGGUAUUAAUGUUAAAAUAAGGUUGCUUCCUUCCAGAAAUGUGAUAAUGACUGAGCCAGUGUCCUGUCCCCCAUUUCUACUAGCCAUUAUAUAUAUAAAAAAGGUAAAGGACCCCGGAUGGUUAAGUCCAGUCAAAGGCGACUAUGGGGUGCAGCACUCAUCUCGCUUUCAGGCAGAGGGAGCCGGCGUUUGUCCACAGACAGCUUUCCUUCUCAUGUGGGCAGCACGACUAAAAUGCUUCUGGUGCAACAGAACACCAUGACAGAAGCCAGAGCACACGGAAAUGCCAUUUACCUUCCUGCUGCAGUGGUACCUGUUUAUCUACUUGCACUGGCAUGCUUUCGAACUGCUUGGUUGGCAGGAGCUGGGACAGAGCAACGGGAGCUCACCCCGUCAAGGGGAUUUGAACCGCCGACCUUCUGAUCGGCAAGCCCAAGAGGCUCGGUGGUUUAGACCCCAGCACCACCCGCGUCCCCUACUGGCCAUUAUAUUACGCUCUCACUUAGUGAAGAGGUCCUCCAUGGAGCCCUUCUCACCUGUUCUGCCAAACCUUCCCUCCAGCUUCCAGUAAGCCUCAAAUGUAAGCCUGCCUUCCGUUCUCAUUUCUUCUUGGUCUUCACAAGCCCUUUCUGCACCAGGCUGCGAUAAAGCUCCUGGACGUAGGUGUAGAUGCAUUUGUUGUCAGGGACACUCAUGCGUACCAUGUCGGCCACAUCCAGAAGCUGGGGACAGUCAGCAAGCUCCCUGGGAAGAGGAUGGCAAAGAGCAUCCAGAUUUAGCUUGGCACCUUUUUCACCUUCAUAGAUGCUACAGGGAAUCUCUUGAACAUAACUCUUAAACCAAAAAACAGUGAAGCCGCCCCAUCCCUUUGACUUUGGAAAGUUGGCACGGGAUCAAAGAGAACUGUGAUCUAAAGCGUGUGUGUGUGUGUGUGUGUGUGUGUAACGUGCAGUGCUUUGGGUGCUGAAUUCCAACUCCCAACAUCCUUGGCUGUGCUGGCUGGGGCUGCUGGUACUGGGAACCCAGCAACACCUGGAUGGCAGCAGGUUCCCCACUCAUGAAGAAACCAUUGCCCAUAUAAUACAUUACAUGCUAGGGUACAGAUGGCGAGACAUCCCUAUUAGUGCUUUUUGACUCUGGCUUUGUUUACGCCAUGUUCCUCAGGCACAUGUGGAAGGUGUAAAGAGACCAGAGGUUUUGGACUACAGCUCCCUAUGGCUGGCAUGGCAUGGGAAAAGCUGUCCUACUCCCAAACAAGCCUAUUUGCAUGCAGAGAUCGCCUUCCGAGGCCCUUCUCCAGCUCACCCUGCUUACAGAGGUCAAGAGACAGGAGAAAUGGCUUCCUUGGGUAUAGCACCCUGUCCCCCCCCCCCCCCCGUGUUGGUAUUUCUUUGGUGCAAAGUUUAUUUGCCCAAGUGUUGUUGUUGCACUCUGAUAUUAACCUGUGCUGAAAUGUACAACUAUUGCUUUGUUGUUUUUUGUUGCUCAGUUGUUUGAAAUGGUUUAGCUGUGCUUUGGAUUGCUGUUAUGCACACAUAACUUUUCCUCUGCAGUUUCCAGAGACAAGUCCACUCUUUAAAGCUCCGUGUCUGAGUGCCCCCACCCCAUUUUUUGCUUUGGCAUUUUCCCAGUGAAAGCUAGUUCUUUAAAUCUGAAUCCAAGCAAACAACAAUCUGUGGAAAACACAAAUUGCUGUUUGUUGCACUGCAGCUUUAAAGAGCGGGCUUUUGCAAGGACACAGAGCUUUAAAGUGUGGGCCUGUGCCUGGAAAGAGCGGGGAGGGGGGGAGGUAAGUGUAGAUAAGGCCUAAAUGUUGUUACAUGUACCAGGCAGAGGUCCUUCUUGGUAGUGGCACCCGCCCUGUGGAACACCCUCCCAUCAGAUGUCAAGGAAAUAAACAACUAUCUGACUUUUAGAAGACAUCUGAAUUCAGCCAUAUUUAGGGAAAUUUUUAAUAUUUGAUUUUUUAUUCUGUUGGGAGCUGCUCAGAGUGGCUGGGGGAAUUAUUAUUAUUAUUAAUUUGAAACAGGUACAGUAUAAAUUUGUUUACAUGUUCACUGCAGCAAACAGCAAUGCACCCACAAUCACCAGGAUGUGGGUAUGUGGAAGUGUGGCCUGGCUCUUCCACCCAGCCCAACCUGCCCUAUGGUUGUGGGGUCCUGGGGUCUGGGAAGGUGCUUACUCUGCAGUGGAGAAGGCCAGAGUGAAGUUCUCUUUGCGGUUUGCUGGGUCAAGUGCAGCGUAGUCAAAAGCAUCCGGGAAGAAUUUGUGGAUGAGAGCGCAGAAGGCCAUGCCACUGCUCCAGCUGGAGGAGAAAUUCUGGAUGUCCACGUGCUGGGGAUGAGAAAGAGAAACAUAAACAGGGCCCACCUGUCUUCUCUCCUUGGGUUUACAUUCAAUCUCUACGCCCUGCACCCCAGCAGCUGCAAGAGGUGUUAAUUUUGAUUAGCAGCAUAUCUGCAGUAGUUUGCUUAUUCGUCCAUCCCAUUUAUGUCCCUCCUUACUUCCAAUCGUUUCAGGGUCAUGUGAAUGGAGUUCUUAUUUAAAAAAAACUUUAUAACAACCCCGUGAUGUAGGUUAGGCACCAAAUGAGCAUCAAGACUGAGUGGGAAUGGAAACAUCCAAACCAACAUUCUAGCACUGAACCACACUGCCUCUUUCUGCUUUGAGACUCAUGAAUACAUAUCUGUUUGCGCUGAAGAUGUCUGGUAUAGCUGUGGUCAUGGCAUUACCAUGUAUAAUACUGAAAUGGUUGGGAAAGGCAGGUUUUCACCACAGUUAAAAUACAAAUGUGUAGAAGGAACGACUGCUGAAUCUGUAAUAAACAAAAUUACUUGCCUGCU